AUGACGCAGAGCGGAACUCCCAUGUCGACAUUGCAGGAAGGUCAUUUCGGGGCCGAUACAACAUCUGCAGUCUCGCGAGGUGGAUCAGACACGACCCAGUCGGACACUGUCAGCUUUCAAUUAAUCGGCCUUUACAUCAGUGCCCUCACCCUUCCUGCGACUUUCGGCACCAUGUUCCAGCGGAUAGACAUUUUUGCCCUCACCGAGCUCGUUCUGAAUCAUACAGGACGCGUCGCUGAGCUGCUGGAAGCUAUGUGCUCUGAAUUCCAGAAGCGAGAACCCUCUCUGAGGAAGCUGCGAUUUCUCCUGGUGGAUGAGGCCGCGUCAAAUGACAUCCUCUCACAGCUACAGUUGUUUCUACACUCUUUCCGCGGACUGCGCCAGCUACAUUAUUCGUGCGACAAUUGCGUCAAGAUCGAUGUCGAUGGCAUCACCAAGCACGGAGAGACACUUACGAACCUGCUCGUCGUCAAUGGGGGUAUCCACCGGCAAGACGCCGCCAAAUGUAUGAGCGCAGAAGAUCUGUGGAAGAUCGCUAUCGCAUGUCCAAGCCUCGAGCAACUAUGCCUCAACCUAUACGAGAUCGAUCCAGACACACCAGAAGGAGACUUCCUCGGCCCGAAGGCAUCUGUACUUUCAGAAUCGACAGAGUUCGAGAAGGCUUUGGGUGCUAUUGCCAGCAUGAAAGCGCUACGGCUACUACGCUUGACGAACCCGCCCAACUACCGCAAAGCUUACCACCGCCAAGGAGAGUUCAUGCGCUUCUUCCGUCGAUCUCUUGAGAGCGGAGAGCAACGCUACGCGUUCCAAGCUCGAGCGGACAGUAUCGUACGCUACGUGGGCGAUCGGGCAUCGAACCUGAGGCUUCUCGCGUUCUCUCCCAUGGAGUUGCUGACAAAGGCUGCCACAGCGGACAAGAACGGCCAUGUUUGGCCCGACUACUUCUACACCUGCGAGCGGAUGAAGGGAAACCGAGGGGCGGAAAUGUCAAUCGCAAGGGCCGUAAGGGACUGGAAGGCAGCGAUGCCGGAGGCUACUAUACUAAACGAGGGAUGA